AUGAGUCAAUCAAGAGGCUCGCCGUAUAGACGACGUACAGAUUUGGAGGGCGGACUCCGUCAGGCCGGUGACUCGGACGAUGAAGAGUCUUCAUCAAGUACGUUUUUCAUUGCCAGAACUAAGGAUGCUUCUAUUGACCGCCUCAAGCGUUGGAGGCAAGCGGCACUUGUGCUGAAUGCUUCUCGUCGAUUUCGAUACACCUUAGACUUGAAAAAGGAAGAAGAAAAGCAGCAGACACUGAGGAAGAUUAGAGCACAUGCACAAGCCAUACGAGCUGCAUAUCUUUUCAAAGAGGCUGGAAACCAACAAGUGAAUGGAAAUGUACCACCGAAACCAAGUUCUGCUGGUGAUUUUCCAAUUGGACAGGAGCAACUAGUUUCGGUGACGAGGGAUCAUAAUUUUCCUGCUCUGCAACAAUAUGGGGGGGUCAAAGGGCUGGGAGAUUUAUUAAAAACAAAUCUAGACAAGGGAAUUCAUGGAGAUGAUGCUGAUUUACUGAAACGUAAAAAUGCAUUUGGAACAAACACAUAUCCUAAAAAAAAAGCAAGGAGUUUCUGGACAUUUCUCUGGGAAGCUUGGCAAGAUCUUACUCUGAUAAUUUUGAUGGUAGCUGCAGUGGCUUCUUUAGUGCUGGGCAUAAAGACAGAGGGUAUAGAUGAUGGUUGGUAUGAUGGGGGCAGCAUUGCUUUUGCAGUUAUCCUUGUUAUUGUUGUCACAGCCAUAAGUGAUUACAGACAAUCUCUCCAGUUUCAGAAUUUAAAUGAGGAAAAGAGAAAUAUACAGUUGGAGGUCAUUAGAGGUGGCAGACGAGUUGAGGUCUCAAUUUAUGAUCUUGUUGUUGGUGAUGUUGUACCCCUUAACAUCGGUGAUCAGGUCCCUGCUGAUGGCAUUUUAAUAAGCGGUCACUCACUUGCGAUAGAUGAGUCAAGCAUGACAGGAGAGAGCAAGAUUGUUCGUAAGGACUCCAAGGAACCAUUUCUAAUGUCUGGCUGCAAAGUAGCAGAUGGCAAUGGUACUAUGCUGGUUACCAGUGUUGGGGUUAAUACCGAAUGGGGAUUGCUCAUGGCUAGUAUUUCAGAAGAUACUGGUGAAGAAACCCCUCUGCAGGUGCGCUUAAAUGGGGUGGCUACUUUUAUUGGAAUUGUCGGACUCACAGUAGCUUUUGCUGUCUUGGUUGUCCUAUUGGUCAGAUACUUUACUGGCCAUACAAAAAAUGCAAAUGGAACUCCUCAGUUUAAGGCCGGAAAGACUAAAUUUGGAGAUGCCAUAGAUGGAGCUAUUAAGAUUGUUACUAUAGCAGUCACCAUUGUAGUGGUUGCCGUUCCCGAAGGGCUUCCCUUAGCUGUUACCUUGACGCUUGCCUACUCGAUGAGAAAAAUGAUGGCAGAUAAGGCCUUGGUGCGAAGGCUUUCUGCAUGUGAAACAAUGGGCUCUGCCACAACUAUAUGCAGUGACAAGACUGGAACCUUAACUUUGAACCAGAUGACUGUGGUUGAGGCUUUUACUGGUGGGAAGAAAAUUGAUAUCUCUGACAAUAAGUCAGACUUGUCCCCAAUGCUAUCAGCUUUGCUUAUUGAAGGCAUUGCAUUGAAUACAACUGGCAGUGUUUAUGUGCCUGAGACUGGUGGUGAUAUAGAAGUUUCUGGUUCACCAACUGAAAAGGCAAUUCUGCAAUGGGGAAUCAAGCUUGGAAUGAAUUUUGAAGCCAUCAAGUCUGAAUCUUCGGUUCUUCAUGUGUUCCCAUUCAACUCUGAGAAAAAGCGAGGUGGCGCUGCUGUUAAAUUGCCCAAUUCUGAAGUUCAUAUACACUGGAAAGGGGCCGCUGAAAUAGUAUUGGCCUCAUGUACAAAGUACCUUGAUGCAAAUGAUCAGUUGGCAGCAAUGGAUGAUGACAAGUCAAUGAUGUUCAGGGAGUCCAUUGAGGAUAUGGCUGCUCGCAGUUUGCGUUGUGUUGCUAUUGCAUAUAGAUCAUAUGAAUUAGAAAGCGUUCCGACUGAUGAACAACAACUAGCUCUGUGGGCAUUGCCUGAUGACGACCUUGUUCUGCUUGCUAUUGUUGGUAUUAAGGAUCCUUGUCGGCCAGGGGUUAGAGAUGCAGUGCAACUAUGCCAAAAAGCUGGUGUUAAGGUACGCAUGGUUACGGGCGACAAUGUUCAAACUGCAAAAGCAAUUGCUUUGGAAUGUGGCAUACUUACUUCUGAUUCAGAUGCUACUGAGCCAACUCUUAUCGAGGGAAAAGUUUUUCGUGACCUUUCUGAUGAGCAGAGAGAAGAGUAUGCGGAGAAGAUUUCGGUGAUGGGGCGGUCUUCCCCCAAUGACAAGCUUCUGCUUGUGCAAGCAUUGAGGAGAAGGGGACAUGUUGUUGCUGUUACUGGAGAUGGCACUAAUGAUGCUCCUGCACUGCAUGAGGCCGACAUUGGUCUUGCUAUGGGUAUUCAAGGGACUGAAGUUGCCAAAGAGAGUUCAGAUAUCAUCAUAUUGGAUGAUAAUUUUGCUUCAGUUGUGAAGGUUGUUAGAUGGGGUCGAUCUGUAUAUGCAAAUAUUCAGAAAUUCAUCCAAUUCCAGCUUACAGUCAAUGUUGCAGCACUAAUUAUAAAUGUCGUGGCAGCGAUUUCCUCUGGUGAUGUUCCACUAAAUGCUGUUCAGCUUCUGUGGGUGAAUCUUAUCAUGGAUACUCUUGGAGCACUAGCGUUGGCUACUGAGCCUCCUACAGAUCACUUGAUGGACAGAACCCCUGUUGGUCGAAAAGAGCCUCUUAUAACAAAUAUAAUGUGGAGGAACUUGUUGAUUCAGGCUUUCUACCAAGUCAUCGUACUGCUUAUCCUCAACUUUCGUGGGAUAAGUAUACUGCAUUUGACACAUGAUCCCAACGGAGACCAUGCUAACAAGCUGAAGAAUACACUGAUAUUCAAUGCCUUUGUCCUUUGUCAAAUUUUCAAUGAAUUCAAUGCUCGAAAGCCUGAUGAGUUUAAUAUAUUCAAAGGAAUUACUAAGAACCGUCUCUUUAUGGGAAUAAUUGCAAUAACACUUGUACUUCAGGUUAUCAUCAUCGAGUUUCUGGGGAAGUUUACUAAAACAGUCAAACUUGAAUGGAAUCAUUGGCUCAUUUCUAUUGUUAUUGCCUUUGUUAGUUGGCCACUUGCUGUUGUUGGGAAAUUGAUACCUGUUCCAGAAACUCCACUCUUCAAGUAUUUCACAAGAAGAUUUCAUCGGCGAAAAAAGAGUCCAGAGGUUAGUCAGUAG